AUGUCAGCCUCAUAUAUUUUACAAUUAGAACUGUUUAAUAGGUCUCUCCAUCUUUGCAAGACCAACCCACUGUGUGACCGCACACUUUUGAGGUACCACAACAUCACCAGCCUGGACAGUGUGAACCUCCCGGGGGAUGGCUCUCUUUUGAUCCGUGGCAUUAUCUCCAUGGUGAUCAUCAUUGUGUGUGUCCUGGGGAUGAUCGGCAAUAUGACAGUGCUCUACCUUCUGCACUGCAGCAGGAGCACAACCAAGAGCACCAUAAACGUCUUUGUCUUCAAUCUGGCGGUUGCCGACCUGCUGUUCUCGAUGAUGCAGCCGUUCUGGGCUGUGGAUGUGGCUCUGGACUUCAGCUGGCCCUUUGGGCUGUGUAUGUGCAAGGCGGUGUCCCUGCUGACGGUUGUCAAUGUGUACGCCAGCGUCUUCUUUCUGACGGCCAUGAGUGUGACGCGCUACUGCGUGGUGGCCAGGGCGCUGCGGCCCGGGCGGCCCCAGUGCCAGAGGCUCUGCGUGCUGAGGCUGGUCACCUGCCUGAUCUGGGCCGGGGCUCUGCUGGCCGCUGCCCCCAGCCUGCUUUUCUCCUCCGUGGCUGAGGUGAGCGGGGACAAACUCUGCCUCCUCCGUUUCCCUGAGGGCACCUUCUGGUUGGCCGUACACCACCUCAUCCGAUUGGUCCUGGGCUUCCUCCUCCCCUACGUCAUCCUCAUCGUCUCCUACCUGCGUCUGCUGAGCUUCGUUUGCAACCACAACCUGAGAGGGGUCAACCCUCGCCGCCAGGCACGUGUGUCCAACUCGGUGGCCGUGGUGGUCCUGUCCUUCUGUGUUUGCUGGUUCCCCUACAACAUCAUCACGUUUUGGGGCGUCCUGAUCAAGCUGGACGUGCUGGAGUGGACUUCCUCCUAUUAUGUGACCCACACUUACGUCUUUCCCCUGGCCACCUGCUUGGCCCACAGCAACACCUGCCUGAACCCUGUCAUCUACUGCCUGGUGCGCAAGGAGUUCCGCACAAUGCUGAGGCAAACAUUCUGGAGGUCCAGCCAGUCGUGCCUAUGCAAAGUCUGUCUGGCAGAGGUGAGCUAUGGCAACGUUACAACUCAAGAGAGCAACAUCACCAUUCAGCUCAAGAGAAUGAAAAGCCAGACUGGACAGUCCUAUACAAGGAAGUCCUUACUUUCCUCCACCACUCUCUCUGUAAUGCCAACUCACAAAAAUGCUGGUCCUUUAACUGACAUAAGAGAUGUUCCAAUAUAG